AUGGGAUCUGUAUCCCCACAGCACAGUUGUGCCAGCCCCAAGCUGGCAAAGUACCUCGAACGCAACCGCAUCGCAGCCAACAAAUUCCGAGAAAGGAAGAAAAAAAAGGACAAACAGAUCGAGCGCCGUUGCAGCGACGCAACCAAAAAGAACGAAGUCCUUCUAGCAGAGCUCAGUUAUCUUAGAGAACAAGUCUGCAAACUCAAAAACAUCGUCUUUCCACAUGCCGAGUGCGCGGAUCAUCAGAACGGUCUGCAACUAGCAACGAUGACCCAGAUUGUCCUGGACAGCCACCGCAAACACGACCCCAGCACCUGGUCCACGUUAUCGUCUGAGGCAUGGUUGGAGGAGUCAGUUGCGACAGACGGUGAAAGCUACACUAUGAUCGAGCCAAGCGUAUGUGAGGGAAAUGACAGGACAGCCCUACUCGUGUUUGCUGACAGAGUUGCUGCGCCUUACGAUCCGAACGUCUAUGCUGGUUCGAUGUUUGACAAUUUUAUUGAUGCGGAAAAUCGGUAUGCCUAG